CGAGGCAAGGCAGAAGCUAUGUUGUUUUUCUGCCCGUCGUGCGGCAAUAUAUUGAUCAUUGAGGAAGAUACAGAUAGCCACCGCUUCACAUGUAACACCUGCCCAUACAUAUCAAAGAUCACGCGUAAGAUAUCAACGAAAACCUUUCCCCGCCUCAAGGAGGUGGAUCACGUUCUGGGAGGGAAGGCGGCGUGGGAAAACGUCGAUUCGACGGACGCCGAUUGUCCCUCGUGUAGCCACAAGCGAGCCUAUUUUAUGCAAAUUCAAACCCGGUCGGCUGAUGAGCCCAUGACCACAUUCUACAAGUGCUGCAACCACCAGUGCGGACACAAUUGGCGAGACUAAUGCGCAACCUA